AGUGGUCAGUGCUACAGCCACGCUAGACGGACUCCGCUCUUCCUACACGACCCCCUCUCCCCCCUACAGGCCUACACCAUGGCUAAGAUUACAGCACGCACCAAGGCGGUCAUACACUGGCUCACGACGUCCCAGUCUGUGAAGUGCUGUGUAGGCGGUGAGAUGGUGCAAGGCGCUCUACUUUACUCAUCACUCACUGGGAAUUACCUCGGCUGUGGGGAAGGUUAUGCCACCGAAUUGCUAGCAGAUGACAAGUUACCCACCCAGCGCAGGAUGAGGGUGAGGUGUGUGGCGUGGGCAGCUGUUGGCGUCAUGGUGACAUUGGUGGUGGUGGGCGUGGCUUCUCUAGUACUGAUAGGCACGGCCCGUCACCUACUCUCAGUAAUUAACCUUUCCAAACCAGUAGAGGUGAAGGUCGGAGUGUUGAUGUCCGGGUCAGAGCUGGAUGAGGACUUGAGGAAGGCAACAGUGCUGGCCGUCAGAGAUCAUGUGGCCGCCAUAAGCAUCACAAUGGAUGUACAGGUGCGCGAAGCCUUCACGUGGGGAACUACCCUAGGUGCCCUCCAGGCCUUCAAGACUCUGUGGAGUGAAGGAGUGAGAGUCUUCCUGGUGGGUGGUGAUGGAGUGCAAGUAGAGGCACUGUGUCACUAUAUGGAGUACUCGGGCAGGAAGGCUCUGCUAGUGUCCCCCACGUCCCUCAUCUCUAGUGAUGACUGCCCCUUCCUGGCAUCAUUGUCACCUUCCCACGGUGCUCUGAUCACGGCAGAGGUGGCCAAAUUGGCGGGAACCGGCCUCACCCACCUCAUCCCAGUCAUCACUAGCAGGGAAGAGAAGCAGAUGACACACGUGAUGACGGCCGGGAAGACUUACGGCAUCACUGUAGCGCAACCAGUUCACCUGCACGCCAGGAACCUCUCCACGGCACACCUGGGAGAUACCUUGGCCGCUUUGCCGGAGGCAGGUGUCUGGGUGUCAGUGGGCGGUCACUUGCCAGAAAUUAUGACUUCUGUCGGUCACAUUCUUCGUGGCCGUCUUGUCAUGUUACAUACCCAUCCUGUUCAUCGUGCCAAACUCCUCAGUGACCCAGUUGCCCGUAGAAUUGCUGAGGCCUGUGCAGUGUGCACUGUUGCCUGGGCGGGAUCAUCUCAGAUGGAUGCAAUCACUCGCCGUCAACUGCUGCUUGCACUAGACCCUCAAAACCCCUUAGUCGCCACCCUUGCUUAUGAUGCUGCCAGCCUUGCUCUACUGGCAGUCACCAACAGCACUGUUUCAGAUGUCCCAGAGAUGCGGCGAAACUUUGUUGAUCAUGCAACCCACAGAGGAGUCAUCAAGCCAGCAGAUAUGGUAGAUGGUAAAGUAUCAGGCUGGGCUGUGCGGAUGAGACUAGUUGCAAAACAUUUAGUAGGUCAGGUUGUACUACAGGAAACACCAUGGCUGCUUGAGGGCCUGACACGAGUGGAAGGAGGUGAGAAGCAUCCCCCAUGGGUGGUAGUGAGAGAAAGUCACUCACCUACCCGUCUAGUGACCCAGGAAGAGCUUCAGGAACUGGCAGCUCAUACACAUUGUGACAUGAGUACCUGGAUCGAAGUGACAGCACAUGACCCCUUGACGCACCGGCCAGUCACCACAACCUGGCGCUCCACAGCACCACCUCACGUCCUCCUUAUACCUAAUGGGUCUCCAGGUGGUUUCAGUGUGCGAACUUGGUGCCAGAGUCGUCAGGGUGCCCCACAUUUGGAGAUUGGAUGCCAAGGUGCUACAACACAUAAUGACUCACUACGAUGUGUGACGGUCACAACCCCUGGAGGCCCAACUAGCCGCCGCAUCAUACGAAGCCUCAUCACCAAACACAGGUUUCCAAUACAGCGCCGAAGGAGGUAUGGACCUCUCAGAAGGGCUAUGAAAAGUAUUGAUAAAAUUUUGGCCUAUGAAGGCUUUAAGGCGUUAAUCCCUCAGAUUGGUGGGUGUCUCGGGUCCUCUGGAGGCUGUGCGUUUUGCUUCGUGUACAUUUUACUGAGUGAUGUCACAGUAAGUCCUGGAGUAUGUUACGGUGCUUGUGGUGUGGCUGUGGGUGGCUCUUGUGGCACACUGUUCGCCAAGGGAAUACAGAAUAAGCUGGACCACACUGUUAUUUGUACAGAGCUCUUCACCCAAGGACGCCUUUCUCUAUCAUCAUACUUGGCCGAUGCAUCGUUUGGGGUCCACCUGGCCACCAGCAAUGGCCAGGCACUACGUGGGUACCAAGUGAUGGCCACUCCCCUGGUAGCUGUGAUGCAAGUGUCACCCAUUGUGAGUGACAUAGUGGAGGCGAUGGCUCGACCUUGGAUACAGCAUAUGGAAUACCAAGAAGGUCUACAAGCUAAUGAUGACGUCUUGGGUCACCUCAUCACCACAGUGGGUCUGCCAUUCUGCUCCUUGGUGGCUGUUGUGGUAGAUCACAUCGACACCAUUGUUUUGUUAACUACGAUGGCUGUUCUCUGCCAUCAGGCCAGGACAUGAUGACUGUACCACUAACACUUAGCUUCAGUGGCUCAGUCAGAAUUUCAAAGCAACACUUAAGAAUACUGUAAUCACCAAAGGAAUCAUUAUCUGAAGUGCUUGCUCACACACCAUACAGCACGUGAUUUCAACAUAAUAUUCAGAACGCGUUAACCCAACAAGGACUUUUCGUGGUGUUUUGGUUCCUGUGCCCACCAAAAGCUCCUAUUGAGAUGUAAAGUCUCAUAUGCUCAACCUACUCAGGGAUAUUUGUGAUAAGUAUGUCGACCCGGCAUCCAAGUAGUGUUACAUUACAUUAUAUAAGUAGUGUUAAGUUAAUUAUAGCUGACAACACCCCCACCUGGCAAGUCAUGUCGUAUGUACUUCUGCUGGUUCUUCUGUGCUGCCACUUUACCUGAGCAGUACUCACUUAUACACAACAAUCCUGUGAUAGUGUUGAAGGACUAUAGUGAACCAAGGUGGCUGUGUUGAUAAGGCAGCAACACACCAAGCAAUAUUUCUUAAAGUAUGCAAGACCUAUUAUGAAAUUUCUUGCGGGUUAUAGUUACUUGUGCUGGAGUAUAGAUAACUGUACAGUAUUUAAUCACCCAGGUCUUUGUUGAUACUCUGAGCUACAGCUAAGCUGCAGCUAGCUUUAAGGAGUUGGACUAAACUGAUAAUACAAACACAGAAAAUGGUUUGACUGUCAGUAUGUUUUGCAAAAUGAGUUUAAUCAAAUCAGUUGCUACUAAUACGCCAAACACUCAUAUUAAUGUUUGGUCGUGUUGUUCGACAUUAACUGUGUGUAGCGAGGGUUGAUUCUUUCCUCGGGGAUCCUGUAAGAGUGUGGAGUGGCGGCAGACCAUUGUGUACUUUCUGUUUGUUAUCCCAGAUGUCUAAUUUAAAUACAGUAGCAGGUUUAUGAGAUGACAUUGCAGGAAGUUACAGGAUAAAGUCUACCUAAGGAAACACUCAUUCAUUUGUUUAGAACUUUUCACCACUGUACUUUGAGAUACUCUGUUGUAUAUCUUUUGUUUAGUUGUCUCUGAAAGAAACAUUUAUCCUCAAGGAAUAAGUUAUUUAUUCAGCAUAGUAAUUUAUUUGUAGCAGACUGCUUUAAUUUAUUGAUUAUGUUAAUGGACAUUAUUUUUUACCCUUUAGUUUAAUAUAUACAAUGUUGAUAGCUGUUGUUAUGUAGUUCCCAUUAUAUUGUUACUUUGAAAAUAUUUAUACUUUGUUAAUAAAUUAUGUUAUGUAGUGCUUGCUUAAUUA